ACGAAAUCAAAUUACAGUAGUCCAAUUUUAAGAAGUUCCGCAUAUAACAACCUAAUUAACCGUAGUGUAAAAAAAAAAACACCAUUAAACCCUAAAGGUAAUCAAAACCUCGGAGUCGGAGGUAUUGUUCUCUCUCAAACACAAAAAUGGCGACUUUGGUCCGUCGUGCAGCCUCGCGGCUUGUCGGAAACUGCAGCAGAAAUCGCUUUUCCCUUUACACAGUCCUGGACCAGUCGUGGGCCGCUCAAGGUCGCCUGCGACAUCUCACGCGGUCCAUUUCUCAUAAUAAUCCCUUUACCACAUCUGCCAAAAAGAGAGCUUCCUGUAACGAUCCGCUUCUCCGAGUGAUCGAAACCGAGAUUGGAUUCGCCGAGCAAGCUGAUGAUUACGAUCGAGUUGAAGAAUUUCCGAGUGGUUUCCCUUUCAAAAUGGAAGACAAACCAGGAUCAAAGACCGUGACAUUGACUAGAGAAUACGAAGGAGAAAGUGUUAUAGUUGAAAUACACAUGACUAAUCUUGUGACCGGUGAUAAAGAAGACGAUGAAGAUGACGAUGAGGAUGAAAGUGAAGAAGAUGAAUAUGAGGAUAAGCCAGAGAAGCCGAAGCAAUCCAAUGUGCCUCUCUUAGUAACUCUUUCUAAGAAGACAGGACCAAGUUUGGAAUUCAGAUGUACUGCUUUUCCAGACAAGAUUGCAAUCAAGGACAUGUGGGUCACAUUUCCUGACAAUCCUUCCAAGGAUGAGCUUGCCUAUGAAGGCCCUUCCUUCCGGGUUUUGGAUGAAAAGCUAAGGAAAGCUUUCCAUAGGUACAUCGAGAUUAGAGGGAUAAAGCCGAGCAUGAUCAACUUCUUGCACGAGUAUAUGAUCAACAAAGAUAGUAAAGAGCACUUGCUGUGGUUGAAAACGCUCAAGAACUUUGUCCAGUCUUGAGAAAAAGAACACCUUAUUUAUUAGAUGCUCUCUGACUUACUUGAAACACAAUUCAGUUC